AUGUCAACCAUCACAUUGAAGGACAGCGGCCUGCAGGUCAAGCUGCCUGACGGACUGUCUGAAGAUCAUUUGCUGGCUUUCAAGCCAUUCAACAACUGGGUCAAGGGCCUCACUAGGUCUCUGGACCUGCAAGCCAAGAGCAAACAUCACCCGUUCCACCCGGACCCGUACCAGCUGCGCGCCGUCACCGUCCAAGCGUUCGAUAUGUUCGGCUCCGGCCGCGUCGGCUUCCUGAAAGUCACUGCCGACGUGAAGAACGGGGCCGGGGAAGGACUCCCGGCCAGCGUCUUCCUCCGCGGCCCCAGCGUGGGCAUGCUCGUCAUGCUCAUCCCUGACGACGUGCCGCUCGAUAGCGAUGAGCGCUACGUUGUUCUGACCGUCCAGCCGCGCGUGCCCGUCGGCAGCCUGUCGUUUGUAGAGCUGCCCGCGGGCAUGGUCGACGAUAGCGGCAGCUUCGCGGGCGCGGCGGCCAAGGAGAUCAAAGAGGAGCUGGGCCUGGAUAUCCACGAGUCGGAACUCACCUGUCUCAGCGAGCUCGCCGGAGCAGGGAGAUCAGCGGGCAACGAGGCCGGCGAGGGUCUGGCGGAGGCCAUGUAUCCAUCGGCGGGCGGGUGUGAUGAGUUCGUCACGCUGUACAGUCACGAGAAGAGGAUCCCGCGCGGGCAGCUGAGUGACUGGAGCGGGAAGCUGACGGGGUUGCGGAAUCACGGCGAGAAGAUCACGCUGAAGUUGGUGGCCAUGAAGGAUCUCUGGCGCGAGGGCGCGAGGGAUGCGAAAUGUCUUGCUGCGCUGGCCCUGUGGGAGGGUCUCCGUCGCGAGGGCAAGUUGUGA